UAGCUGUCAUCGCAUUAAGUUCGAGAAAUAAAGUCAGUCUGAAUGACAAAGUUUUAAUUCAAAGACCAAAUUUUAAAAAAAUCUAAAUUUCAGAAAAAAUAAAUUUUCUGUGCCAUUUUACUGGAUUUCCAAAUUUCUAGUACGCGAAAUAUUUUCUGUGGGUAAUGGACGACUUCGAUUUUAGUUCUCCGCCACCGGAAGUGCGAACCAUUCACACGCACACCCUGGACGAUGAGCAGCUGAAGGAUUGUGAGGCGGCCUUUGCCCUUUUCGACGACGAGAAUACCAAGGUCAUUCCCAUCAAGUUACUGAGGGAUUGCCUGCGAGCCGUGGCCCACACGCCGCCGGAACACGAGCUGCAGGACUAUAUCACCGAAAUCGAUACGGAUGGAUCGGGCGAGCUUUAUCUCAGCGAUUUCCUCUGGAUCAUGUCGAAGCGCUACGAGAAUUCGACGCCCGAAGAUGAGGUCAUUCUGGCCUUCAGGGUCUUUGACAAGGAUGGAUCUGGUUUCAUACACGAGUCGGAGUUUCGCCAAAUAAUGACCGAUUUGGGCGAAGACAUGGAGGAGGACGAGAUCGAGGAGAUGAUUCGCGAUGCAGACGCCAAUACGGAAUUGAAAAUUGACUACGUUCGCUUUGUGACCAUGAUGAUGGAGACCUAAAGCUUUAUGGAA